CCGAGCGAGCACUGCAGUCAAUGAGGGAGGAAACGACGGCGUUAUGCUGUGUUUACUGUAAAAUGUGCGACAGUUUGUUGACAUAAAUCGUGUGUCUGUUACUUCAUACACCGCCUGACAUCGGCUGUAUUCCGCCUGGUUUGUCGCGGAGAAAUCUACCUUCAUUAUUCUUCGGAGCAGGCAGGAUGUCUGUGAUCAUGUCGAAGGCUGAUGGGGUCACUGUGUUCACUGUGACCUCUGACACCCAAAGUGUUUGUCCUCCGCUGUGCCAAAUCAUCAAAGGCCUUUGCUACAGCCCUGUGUGCUGCUCUGUGUCUCAGAGCCUGAGGAAGGUCCAGAGAUCCUCUCAGUCAAUACUCGGGGCUCUGCACAUCAUGGUUGGGUUGCUCAACAUCGGCCUUGGAGCGAUCCUCUGUAGCAGUCGCAGUGGCUCUUGGUACCAGAUGGAUGAAACUGGGUUUCCUUUUUGGCUCGGAGGGGUGUUCAUGUUGUUUGGCGUCAUCGGGAUUGUGUCUGAGAAGUGCCCCAGUCCAUGUCUGGUCAUCAUCAAUGUGAUCCUGAAUCUAGCAGGAGUUGGUUUUGCCAUUGCAUCCAUCGUACUCUACAGCAUCAAUAUAGCACACAUAGGGCUGUGGUUGAUGUGUCGCAAUAAAUAUGAUUAUAAUUAUGACUACUAUUCACGCCACCGACCCACUGCAACUCCAUCUCCCUGGGAGGAGAUCAUGAAGGAGAAAUGCUUGGAGGGCAAAGAGUUGGUUCUGAUGCUCCUGAGAAGCAUGAAUGCGGUGCUGAUCGUCCUGUCAGCCCUGGAGCUCUGCCUCGUCAUCAGCUCUGCCGUCAUGGGCAUCAAGGCUCUGAGGAGCAGCGAGAAGGAAGAAGACAAGAAGACCGCUGACCCAGAACACUACAAUCCACUGCUGGAGGAAGUCACCAGUACCCCUGUAGCCUAAAUACAAAUCGCUGCCUUGUGCUAUCAGUUAGCAGGAACUAUAAUCCUGUGCAUUUAUCAGGGUUCCUACGCAAGUAUGGAAAGUAUGGAAAAGUAUGGAAAUAAAUUUGAUCAAUUUCCAGGUAUUAAAAAGUAUGGAAAAUGAAAAAUAAUUUAUGGAAAAAUAUUUAUGUUUCCAGACUUUUACCACUGUUCUAAAAUACUGUUUUCUAAAAUAGAAAAUUAGGUAUUUCCAAAAAUAAUUUAACUGACAGAUGCCCUUAACGAUUCAUAAUAAAUCCUAUUUUUGUCACGCUACAUGAUGGAACUGCAUUGAGGAAGGGGAGAAUAAAAAUAAAACAGCUGUCGCAGGUAAAGCAACUCUAGUCGCACGAUGUGUGUCACUGCUCGCCUGCCUUUCUCUCUCCCGCGGUCCGUCACUCCACUGUCUCCGCUCUGAUACUCGCUCUCCCCUGGUCGGCCUAUACUACGAUACACGUUUAACAUAGCCAGGCGUUCUUUAGGUGAGCUGGCCUCACAGAGCCUAACAGCGCCCAUCCAGGAUAACCAGUACCACAAAGCUGGUUAUCAACUCGCUCUGUCAUCUCUGUGUUUUCCAGCAAUGAGCGCGUUCAUGUGAAAGAGGCGGAGUUGUUAAUUAGGAGCGACAUCAUCAUCAUGAACUCAUACUCAUAUGAGAUGAAGCGGUAGCCUAUCUGUAAAAAACUUCUGUUUCAGUAACAGCAAAACAGUUAUUUUCAACUAAGUAAUAACAGCCUGUAAUCAUAGGCUACAACAGAAUAAAAUAAGACAGAUAAAACAGAUAAAAAAUCCUUUUCAAUAAUUUUGUGAACAUCAGCUUGUCUGAUUUAACAGAUGUAGAGACUAGAAAUAAUAAUAAUAAUAAUAAUUUACAAAUAUUAAAAGUAGGCUAAGGCACAUUUAAGAAUUAUUAUGGCUUAAGUACAGAGUAUUUUUCGCUAUUUAGUUUGAUGACAGGAUGAAAUCAUUCUUAAUAUCACAUACUGUAAUAGAACUUUAAAAUAAUUCCAGACUGUUUCUGCUACCGAACCAAAGAGUGUAAAAGUAGUUAAUGAAUGAUGAGGUCUAUCUGAUCGAAAUGUUAUAUUUAUAAUCACGGGAGCUAAUUAACAAUGUGGGUUAUUUCUUUAGUUUUUAUUUCCAGUUAUCAGGUGUCUCAAGUUAUUCUGAGCUGCAGAGUGUAAAAUCAUCCACACUGUCAGCUGUCACUAUGAGGAUAAAAUAAAGUUUACACCAUUAAAAUGCAGCUAAAAUCAUCAUUAGGCUAUGUGUUUAGUGUGGUUAUAAAGCAUCUCUCUGUUUGUUAGAAACUGUUUUAAAACCAGAGUGGAAAUAGAAAACUUGGAACAAUAAAAUAUUAAUACUGACCUAUUAACAUAUAGCCUAUAUUGCUUUUUUUUUGCGUUUUUUUUUAAACACUGGCCUUUUUAGCUUGGUUAAUGCAUAUUUUAGAUAUUUAGCUUACUGUGGCCAAAAUUGUUUACAAAAACACGAAGUUCUUCAUAUAUCUAGCCUCCUAAAUUUGCUCCCGAAGUGCACCAGAUUGAUGUAUUAUAACUUUAAAAUAGUCAAACUUGCCCCCGGACCCCCCUAUAAGUUCAGAGGCUCUCUCUUUUUUCACCAUACCUGUGUUUGCAUCACUGCCCAAUUUGCCAAUUUUGAAAUUCCAAAUGUGUAGGAACCCUGAUUUAUACCAUAGACUGUAUGUACUGUAACGUCAGUGGUUUACACACACUCAGCUGAUACAGUCAAACUUCGGGGUCUUUUUCUACAAGAGUUGCUUAAAAAUAUUUGCACAUAUAUUUUUGAUAAUAAUCUGCACUAAAUUGUAUAUGCUGCUGUCCAUUCUACUCUCUGUUGAUAUUUUUCAAACUGUUCCCACUGAUUAUGAUUUUAUAUUGAUUAUUGUGCCUUAUGGUCAGUAUGUUUGUGGGUAAAAGGGAAUGUGUGCGUGAUGGACACAGAUUGAUGGACUGAUGGGGUUUUUGUUUGUUUGUUUUUUACAACAUUAAGCCAUGUUUUUAAAAAAGAAGUCAUCAAAAUGACUGUUACAUAUAUUUUGGUUUGUAUUUCUGCUCUGUACUUUAUAUUAGACCUAAAAAUUGUAACUGAGAAAUUGAAUCAGUUUAUUAACUAGUUUUGCUCUUUGUGUGCAAAUAGGAACGGUAAGUAUAGAGAGAAGUGUGAGGUGAAAAUUAUAUUGUGUUUUUCUAAAUGCUGUUACUGGCUAGGGCGGGAGGUGGCGUAGUGGUUAGCACUGUCACCUCACAGCAAGAGGUUUCCUGGUUCAGUCCCAGGAGGGAGCGUGUGUUUUCUCCAGGUAUUCUGGCUUCCUCCCACAGUUCAAAGGCAUGCAGGUUGUGGAUAGGUGAAUGGUUGUCUGUCUCUAUGUGUCAGCCUUGUGAUAGUCUGGCGACCUGUCCAGGGUGUACCCUGCCUCUCGUCCAAUGUCAGCUGGGAUAGACUCCAGCACACCUGCGACCCUCAAGAGGAUAAGCAGUUACGAAAAUGGAUGGAUGUUUCUGACCAAAUGAGAGUUAAAUAAAGUGAUUAAAGCCUG